AUGUCUGACUCCAGCCGUCCGCAAAGUCCUAUAGACGACCCUCCCGACUUUGGGUACUGGUAUUCCACGGGAGACAUUAUUACCGCCGUCCUCCUCUUCGCCUUCAGCCCCUUCCUCUUCAUCCUCUCCUUCGCAUUCAUCCCUUCUUUCUUCUGCCCUCCUGGCAAUGGCGACGGUCCGGCAGAUGGAGUGCGCGGCGAGGUUACGGGAUCGCAAGUGAGGGCUACAACGCCAACCACUCCGAAAUUUCGGUCGCGGAUACCUAUGACGCCGAAAUAUUAUGCUCAGCAGAAGGCCCGUGAAGAUUCUCCUUUUGAAGAUUAUGACUUAAUACAAGACGCCCCACUCUACGAAGAUUUUUGA